AUGACAGCUUCGAACAAAUCGUGGAGGAGCUACUUCCCUCAUUUAAGAAAACUACCCGAAGAUGAUCAGUGUUUAUACUCAGAUGAUACCAACUCCAGUAUCAUUGCUGAAGAAGAACUACACCACAGCGUAGAUAAGUCUUCAAAGACCGACGUUACUGCAGAAACUACUGCUGUAGAAUCCCAUCCUCAUAACUUAAGACAUGAUCUGCCAUAUGAAGUGAGAGAUGAAGCCGGACGUAAAUGGUGGAAAUACUUCGACGAAUUCGAAUAUCGUGUUAAUAAGGAGUACAAAAAAUCACGUAAGUGGUAUGAGUUUUUGUACCCUAAUCAUACCACUCAAACCAAGGCAGAAAGAAGACUUCUUUACAAACUAGACGUUAUCAUUGCUUUGUACUUUUUUAUGCUAUGUUGGUCCAAGUCAGUGGAUUUGAAUAACUACACCAACGCAUAUGUUUCCAAUAUGAAGGAGGAUUUAAACAUGAAAGGUAACGAUUACGUUUACACUUCCACUAUUGCUAAUGUCGGUGCCAUUGUCUUCCAAUUACCAUUUAUGUACCUGUUGCCAAGAUUCCCCUCUCAUAUUAUUUUGCCUGUAAUGGACUUGGGCUGGACUUGGUUUACAUUUGCAUGUUACAGGGCAAACUCUCUAGCUGAAUUAAGAGCCUACAGAUUUAUAUUGAGUGCAUUUGGCGCCGCUUACUACCCAGUGUCCCAAUAUAUACUGGGUUGUUGGUAUGCUCCAGAUGAAAUUAAUUCAAGAGUCUGUUUAUUUUUUUGUGGGCAGCAGUUGGGAUCUGUGACUUCUGGACUUUUACAAAGUCGAAUAUUCAAAAGUUUGAACGGCGUCCAUGGUCUAGCAGGCUGGAGAUGGAUGUUUUUGAUUGAUGCCAUCGCGAUUUCCCUUCCCACAGCUAUUAUUGGAUUUUUUGUUAUUCCCGGUGUGCCAUCAAAAUGUUACUCUUUAUUCUUGACCGAAGAAGAAAUACGAAUUGCAAGAGCUAGAAAUAAGAGGAACCAAAUCAAAGAUGGUGUCGAUAAAAGUAAGCUAGUCCCACUAUGGAGCAGUAAGCUUUGGAAGAAAGUGUUUUGCACACCAGCAUUUUGGGUACUUGUUGUUUUCGAUACGUGUUCGUGGAAUAAUAUGACCGCCUAUAGUGGUUCAUAUACUUUGUGGUUAAAGUCUAAUACCAAGUACUCUAUCGCUCAAGUGAACAAUCUGAGUGUUAUACCCGCAUGUUUGGGAUUUGCAUAUGUGAUUUUUUGCGCCUUUGGCGCAGAUUUAUUCAGGUGCAAGUGGAUAUUCAUGGUUUUUGCUGCCAUAAUGAAUACUGUUUCUUGUGCCUUACUCAUAAAAUGGGAUAUCCCUUCGAAGGCUAAAUGGUACGCUUUUUUCACCACAUAUUUCAGUGUGGCUGCGUCGCCGUGUCUGUGGUCAUUUAUUAAUGAUUUCUUAAGAUUUGAUCCUCAGGUGAAGGCUGUUACAUGGAUUGCUAUUUAUUCGUUCUCUCAAUCCACUUACGCUUGGAUUCCUACGUUGGCGUGGCCUACCGUGGAGUCACCACGUUUCAAGACUGGUUACACUGUGAGUUUAAUUUUUGGUGCUGUUUACGGUUUAUGGACGUUUGUUGUGUUGUUUUUUUACAAGAGAAACGAGAAGAAGCAUGCUCUAGGUAAUGGCAUCAUCUUGUAUGAUAGUAAUAAGGGCGAAGAGCUUCCAGAAUUUGUAAGAAAAGAUAUGGAAGAAAAAGAUGGUUACUACUAUUUGAAACGGUCUUAA